AACGAAACAAAGUAUUAGUAUCCAAGAACAUGAUGUGAAGGAAAGGGAGAAUAAGCCGUUGCACUUCCCUCCACACGUUCAUCCUCGCCUUAUCUCUUUCUUUCCAUCCCCUCCCUCAAAAUGCACAAAAUCAGACCAUUACCCAUAAGCAUACUUUGUGUUGCUAAUCAUGGCUAGCAAAAUGGUCUUCACGCUCACAAGUCCAUUCACUGCCCCUUCACCAACACUCUUCUCCUCCACUUCUGCUUCUCGACUCCACCUUCUUCAAUUCACUGCCCGCCACUUCUGCCUUCGCCGCCGCUUAUUUCUCUUUUCCCCCAAGGCCACUGCCGAUCAAGGCAAGGUUGAGGAAGAUGCUGUUGUUGAUAGUAAAAUCCUACCCUAUUGUAGCAUAGAAAAAAAAGAUCAGAAGAAAUCAAUUGGUGAACUUGAGCAGGAAUUUCUUCAAGCUCUUCAAGCAUUCUAUUACGAGGGGAAGGCUAUUAUGUCAAAUGAGGAAUUUGACAAUCUUAAGGAAGAACUCAUGUGGGAAGGGAGCAGCGUUGUGAUGCUAAGUUCUGAUGAGCAAAAAUUUCUCGAAGCGUCUAUGGCUUAUGUGUCUGGAAAACCAAUCAUGAACGACCAAGAGUUUGAUCAGUUGAAACUCAGGCUAAAGAUGGAAGGGAGCGAAAUUGUGGCUGAGGGUCCUCGGUGCAGUCUUCGUAGUAGAAAGGUUUACAGUGACCUGUCUGUUGACUAUUUAAAGAUGCUCCUGCUGAUCCCAGCGACUGUGAUUGCACUAGGAUUGUUCUUCUUCUUUGAUGAGUUGACUGGAUUUGAGGUCUCAUAUUUUAUAAAGAUUCCAGAGCCUUUUAGUUUCAUUUUAACUUGGUUUGCCGCUAUUCCCUUUAUUCUGUGGCUGGCUCAAUCAAUCACAAGGGCAAUUGUAAACGAUUCUUUGAUUUUAAAGGGCCCUUGUCCUAACUGUGGUACUGAAAAUACCUCUUUCUUUGGGACUAUACUGUCGAUUUCAAGUGGCAAUUCCACCAACAAUGUGAAAUGUGAAAACUGUGAAACUAAAAUGGUGUAUGAUUCAAAAACGAGAUUGAUUACAUUACCAGAAGGAAGUAAUUAAUGCCUAAAUGGAGGCAUGGUUGAUACUUUGAGAUGAGAUGAAGCUAGUGACCAAUUUAUGAAGUCAGGAACCGUGGUCAUCGAUCCCCUAUAGGUCAUAAAAUCAGUGUUCUCACUAGUAAAUUGUAAUUGAAUUGUAUGAACUUUGUAUAGCAUACGCAGAAUCGUCCACCGGAAGAGAUGAGUUAUACGAGGAUAUUCUUAACAUCAAUCGAUCUGGUCCAACCUAAAAUAUUAUAACACGUCCAAGAAGAUCUUUAAGUUUUUGGUUGGGCCUUUUUGCAAAAUCCUAUGCAGAUGCGCCCCAUUGAGACUUGAUUAUAAAUUUGAUAGGGUUAAAAUCCCUCGAUUAUUGUCA